AUGGAUGUUGAUUAUUCAACGACAGCAGUUGUUUGCUCACAGGGUUCAGAAAAUGUCACCAAAGAACGUGAGGAAACUCCACUAACAACCAAGAGGAAGGGGCGCUUCAACAUUGGUUUGUAUGCAAAACGAAGAAAACUGAUCAUGAAUGAGCUAAUGGAGGAGAAGCUAGCGGCAGAUACGAAAUUGAAAAGCAUGCAGAAUAAAGUUGAUUAUCGUAAACGCAAGGCUGAUGAUCUAGAAACACUUGUUCCUACACCAAAGCAACGGCCAAGGAUGCCGAACACAGAGAGUGUCAUCUGCAAAGAAAAUAGUGAUCAUGUCAAUUUAUCUAAAGCCCAAAGUCAAAGAAGAAGAAAAGCAACCCUUAGAGCUUUAAAGCCUGUCCACUGCACACCAAGAUCAACUGACCAAACCCCAAUUAUGAAUGGGAUGUGGGCAACACUAAUCAAUGAAAACCCACCACAGUUCAUAGAGUCCUUGGUGGCAAAUUCAAAGGUCUGCAAAACCAAGGUCAUUCCUAGCAUCUUAAAGAAUAAUGUGACAACCUAUGAAAAAAGUCAGGAGAACUUUGUACGAAGCACAGGUCUGCUUUACAAAGGAGGGUUGCUAACAAAAAACAAGUACAAGGAAACAAGAAAAGAGAAAGUUGACUUUAUGCCAGGGGUUUCAAUACCACGAUAUGUAACUUACGAUAGAUUGAUGUCAUUCAUCAAAGGAAUAAAUAUGGGGGAUGUUUAUGAUCUUCAAGAUUUUGCUGCCAAGAAAGGGAAAAGUCCUGUGCAUGGAGUCUACCGAUCUUUGGAGUCCUUGCUUUUAAGGCUAGCAGACAUGUACUUAAUGCUAAAUGAUCACUCAAAAUUCCUUCACUGGUUCAAUGACCAAAAAGGGAAAUUUCUAGUGGCAAUAGGUGCUGAUGCAGCCCCAUUUGGCAAAGACGAAACAGCAACUGCCUAUUUAGUGAGUAUUCUAAACGUUCUAGAAGGAGUUCAAAGUUGUGAUCACAACUACCUGUUGAUGGGAGGGAAUUGUGACGAAACUCAUGAACUGAUGUACGAGUACACCAAACAUGUUGUUGAGGAAAUCAAGGAAAUAGAAGCAAAGGAAUAUGAUGUGCAUGGCAUCAAGAUAUCAUUUCAAUGUAGACUUGUCCCCAGUGACCAAAAAUGGAUGGCCAGUAUGUGUGGAGAAUUAAACAACGCAGCAACAUACUUUUCGACUUUCGCCAAUGUCUCAAAAGCUGACAUAAAAACCAUCGAUGGUAAAAUUGGCGGAGAUGAUUGCACUUGGAAAACAUGGGCAUAUGACAAAAGAUUGAAGGAUGCAGAUUAUGUCAAGUUAUUCAAGACAAAGAACAAGAUUCCAGAUGGUUCUAAAGCCAGUAACCAUCGGAAAAAAGUAACAGAGUACAUUGCUUCAAGAAAAUCCAGACAAGAGUUCCAUCCUCCAUUGGAUAAAUAUGUUAGCAGGGUUCACAUCAAUGAGAGUGACAUGAAUGUUCUUAAGAAUGAGUGUGAAAUGUACUACAACUGCCAAGCACUACUAUUGGCCAAUGUCAAACCAACCACAUGGACCAUUGGUAAGGCAAUUCCAUUUUACACAGAUAAGAUAUACCAUGAUUUGGGGUUUGGGCUUGGCUUAAACAGCAUGCAAGGCCGAGAAGCAAAGCACAUUAAGCUUUCGUGUUAUGCCAAAAACACUACAAAGGGGAAACAGCUGCGGUGGUGGCAAGUGUUCAAGCACGAGUUCAUGGAACUUGUUUGGCUGAAAGAAAAUGAUGCCAAGAAAGUGGCCAAGAAAUUACAUAGCACAUCUCAUUCUGAAAAUGAAGAAAAGUCUUUCAAAGAUAGGUACAUCCCUCCCUACUGUAUCAACAAUGAUACAUUUUGUACUUGUGGCCAGCCUAAGUCAGUCACUGUGACUUCUUGUCCUAUUUGCUGUUCAGAUAUAUUCGAACUAGUAGUGAAAUCAUGCAAGGCGGGUAAAAUUGAUGGAAAGUUAAAAGUUAACAUUUAAUUAAUGUGAAAAAAGAGAACAAUCUAAAUGAGCAAUACAACUGUUUAGUUGAAAGUUUACUAUAGCAUCCAGUCACCUUCACUUCAAAACAGAAACUGUAACAUGUAUUGUUCUCAAUUGCAAUUGCUUGUUUACACUUUAUACAAAUAACAAAUGUAAUAACUGCAGAUGUGUAAUAAUUCAAGACAUUCAGACAAAUAAAAAGUAUUUGUUGCUUUUUGCAAUCAAUUGUAGAUCAUUAAAAGAUAAGUAACUAUAUUGUAUGUAGACUUGUAAUGUGUUGCCGAGUAUUUUACCUAAGGUACAUUGUACCCAGAACUAAGAUCAAUUAAGUUAAUUCAUUUAUUCUUUAUUUCAUUUUACUGUGAUAUCAAUAAAGAAUAAAUGAAAUAACUUGACUCUUGUGUGCUUAAU